GUUUUGGGGUGGUGGGAUUGGAGAUGGAUGAAAAUUCUGACCUUGAAGAAGGAGAAACUUGCUAUUACAAAGAUGAUGACGACAAUAUUAAUCCCGAUACCGCCUUCUCUUACAUUGAUGAGAAGAUUAAAAACGUUUUGGGCCAUUUUCAAAAAGAUUUUGAAGGUGGGGUUUCUGCAGAAAAUCUGGGGGCAAAAUUUGGUGGGUAUGGGUCAUUUCUACCUACCUAUGAACGCUCUCCUCCAAGAUUAUCAUGUCCAAAGACACCACAGAGAAACUCCAGCACACCAAGGUCUCCCAACAAUUUAUCUAUGGAGGGUGCGUCUCAGAAUUUGAAAGCUCCUCCAAAUGCACCCCCAACUGGGAGACUUGGCAAUGCUUCCUGCCCAAGUGGCAAUAUUGCAGCUAAACAUGAUUCACAUUUGUCUUCUGCUCAAGCUGCUGAGAAGUCUGCCUUGAAGGAUGAGAGUUUUAAGAGAGCAGGGAUUUCCAGUGAUCAGAAGACGUUGAAGGUUCGAAUUAAGAUGGGCUCUGAUAACAAAGUUAAAAAAAAUGCUGCAAUCUAUAGUGGUCUCGGGCUUGAUUAUUCUCCAUCUUUGUCAUUGGGGAACAGUCCUAAGGAAAGUGGAGGAACAUUGAUGAUAUCUCAAGAGACCACUAGCAAAUCACCUACUAGAAUUCUUCAGGUUAUGACUUCUAAUCAUGUCCCUGGUGGUGUACUCAUAUCUCCUCUUCAUGACAGUCUGCUAUGCUUAUUAAGAAAGGAAGAGGAAAGACCUUCUAGAGGUAGUAAAUCUAUCCCGUUGCUUAAGGCUUGUCAAGAACAUUCUUCUGGGUUAAUAGAUGAGUCCAUUUUGGGUAAUGGAAAACAAGUAAAUGAUAAGAAAACAAAAUUUUUAAUGGGGAAAAGCGAAAAGCUUGUGGAAUCAAAGCAUGGAAAUCGCAUGAAUGUUGGGAAUGGCAAGACAUUGCUCAUAGAAAAGAAGUAUGAAAAUGAGAUUGCAGGAGGGAAGGAGUUGUUGCCCAAUGACUUGAAACACAGAGCUCUAUCUAAUUCAGUGAAUGUUGCUGACACGAUGGAAGCCACUGCUAGGGCAUGUGAUGUUUCUGUGGAAUCUAAUCAGAAUGCAUCAAGAGGUAGAUUGUUUUCCUCUGACUCAGCAAAGGAGGAUUCUUUGGAGUCAAUUUCUGGAAGGAGUAGAACUAGUGGCAAGAAAAAGAAGCAGGAUAAGCAUGGUAGUUCAGUUGAAAAGGUUUUGGAACAUUGUGCAGUAAAUUCCCAUAAGAAUGCUUCACUUGACCUUGAGGAUAAUGUUGGGAGCAAAUUUUACCAAAAUUCUGCCCCUUUAAAAUGUAAGGAAGAUUCAAAAACAAAGGUUGAUCAGAUAGCUACAUUUCGUUUACAAAAUAAAAUAAAUACUCCCUCCAAGAAGGACAAAACGUUGUCUGAGGGCAAGAAGAAGUCGAAAGCUAGCAAAAAUACUGGACAAAUUGCUGACUCGAUGAAGGAAAGUUUGAGACUUGAUGUGGGUGGAACACCUAAAGGUACCACUAGUUCUAGUCUGGGUUUUUUAUCAGGUAAAAAUAAGAUUCAGAAGUUGAAGUUGCAGAAGGAUAUUAAUAACGUCCAAGAUAAUCAUAGAGAUGCUUUGGAAACAAAUUUCGAACAAAAAAGUGAUCAAAUGGAGCGGUCAAUGAGGCAUUUUCAGAAUAGGCCAAAAGAUUCUGGUCCAAUGGAUUCCAAGACGGAGCAGAAUGGCUAUUUGGAUAAGUCAAAGGAAAUAUUUAGUGGUAGAAAAGUUGAGAACCAGCUGUUGGGAGUGGAUGCUCCAGGUUUGGUUUCUGACCUCACUGGUAAGACACUUGCCUCUCAGACAGUAGCACCAGCAGCAACUGCUGCUAUAGUCAUACAAGAAGAUUGGGUUCAGUGUGAUCGUUGUCACAAGUGGCGACUUUUGCCUUUUGAUACUAGACCAGAACAACUGCCUGAGAAGUGGUUGUGUAGCAUGCUUAACUGGCUGCCUCGAAUGAAUCGGUGUGACAUUAGUGAAGAGGAGACAACAAAAGCUCUCAAUGCAUUGUACCAGGUUCCAGUUUUUGAGAAUCAAAAUAACCCACAAAAUCAUGCAAAUGGAACUAUGUCAUUUGUUACUUCAGCUCAUCUUCAGCAUCUUGAUCAGAACAACUCUAGUUUCAAUUCUCAGGCGUCAUCUAUUCAAGGAAAGAAGAAAUAUGGCCUGAAGGAAGUGCAGAAAGCAGGUAGCAGUGCCCUGAGUCUGAUGUCAAACUUUAGAAAAAACCAACAGCAGGAAUCUUUGAAAAGCAGGAGCUUAAAUGACGUGAACAAGGUCCCUGUUGAAUCAAAUCUCACAAAGAAAUCCACCAUUGAACAGAAAGAAAAGCAUUCAGUUGGAGAUGAGACCAAGCAAGCGAAGAUGAAAAACAAGAGGGAGUCUGGUCUAUAUGCAUAUGAAGGUUCAAAGAAAACCAAAACAGAAGUUAUAAACACUACUGAUAAACAUCAAAGUUCUAACUUGGACCCCAGAAGGGUGGGCCUUAAUUCAAGCACUAGCUUGCCAACUCAAGCAAAUGGAACCAGUUUGCAGAAUUAUAAUGAGUGCUCUAAUUAUGGAGAUGUAAAACAUGAUAUGAAAGAAAGAUCAAUAGUUUCUGUGAAGAAACUUGUGGAUCAAACUCAGGCCUCUUCAGAUGAUGGGUCAUUAGACAUGAGAAUAUGUGAUAAAAGGGCUUCUGUGAAGAAAAGGAAAUUGGACGACUGGCAGAGCAGUCAAAAUGGGCACGAGUUAUGUAUGAAGGAAGAAAGUAGUGACAGUGGAUUUCGGAAUGAAAAGAGGUCACGAGUUCCAAAGAUUGAGGGGAAGCAGUCCCAUAGAAAUGAUGAUGAUGGUACAUCAAACAGGAGAAGUAUGGAUAAUUUCAUUGGUGGCAUUGAAGAAGUCAGAAGUAUUGAUAGGAACCACCAACUAAGUAAACACAAGAAAAUGUCCUCAUCUCAAAAAACUUUGGAUGGCCUUGAUUCAUUGAGAAGGCAUUCUGGAACUAGACAAAUUUUGAUGGCAGCAACUUCUAGCUCUUCAAAGGUUUCUGGUUCCCUUAAAACUAGAGUAAAUUUUGAAGAAGCAAGGGAUUCACCAGCUGAAUCAGUUUCUUCGUCUCCCUUGAGGACCUCAUAUCCAGAAAAACUUGCAUCAACUGCAGGGAAUGGUUCAGGGAAGGAUGAUGCUGCAAAUAGUGGCAUUCAUCUAAGCAGCAAUUUUAGAAGAUGUUGGGAUGGUGAAGGUACAUUUGAGCUUGCUCAAUCUGCUACAGAAAUGAAAGAGAAAGUAUCAGUUGAUUUUCAACCCAGAUCGCGUAAAUCUUCUUCCCUGGAUUAUCAGGAUAGAGAUUCUAUUUGCAAAAUCAGCAUUAAAACUAAACCUUCUUCUAGAUUGGGGAAUAGCCAUUUGCUCAAUGGUGAUACUCAUUCUGCAGAAAAAGCACAGUAUGCGGUAGAACAUUCCCAUAUUGAGGAUAGAGUGAACAAGGAGUGCCAUGGCAAUGCAUUAUUUUCUCAAAGAUCUGAUAAGUUUUCUUCUUCAAAGACGAAAGAAAGUGAAAGAAGUUCUGCUGCAGAUAAGAUGAAGGUUCAUGAUCCAACAGAUGAACAGGAAGGUUCAUGCUCCAGAAAGAGCAUGCGGUAUCGAUCAGAUGUUGACCCCAAAGGUCAUGCAUCUCUUCGAGAAACAAUUGCCGAUUUUAAGUGCAAUUUCCCUAAAUCUAGCAAGGGUGAGAAUAACUAUGUUGGAAGGAGGGAUCCUUCAGGAAAAUGGUCAAGUGAUGGCAGAAUGGAGACCCAGUCAAAUAUAAAGCUUGAUGAAUUUGAUGCGAAAUCUACUGCUCCAUGCAGCACAGAGGGGAACACUGCCCCUGAGCAAAAUAUGAUCCAGGAUUUCAAUGGUCAAACUAAAGUAAUGCAAGUAGCGAUUAGAAGUGGAAUGCCAAAAUUGUCCUUGCAUUGUGAAGUUGAAAGUCGGCAAGAAACAAAAGGUCAUCAUACAGUACCAGAAGCCCAACUGGGAGUUGUCUCUGAUGGGAUUCCAGUUAAUGGCUCUUGCAAUGUCGACGUGUCUAAGGCUUUGAAACAGCCUGGAAAGGCUGGCAGCAAGAAUGGAUCUGCCCACAAUUUGGGACAGCGCAUGCCUGAUUUGCCUUUGGUUAGAGACUUCAAUGCUUGCAGUCCUGUGAGAGUAAAUUCCUCCAGCCAGGCAGCAACUAAUGCCCUGAAUGAUGCUAAAGAGCUUACAAAUUAUGCUGAUCAUCUUAAGAGUUCUGGUUUUGUUUUUGAAAGCAAUGAGAUUUACUUCCAAGCUGCCCUUAAGUUUCUUGGUGUUGCUGCGCUUCUAGGGAACAGCACUAUUGAGAGUGGUAGACAUGGGGAGAUGAACCAAAUGCAAGUGUAUGGCACUGUCACCAAACUUUGCGAAAUGUGUGCACAAGAAUAUGAAAGACGCCAAGAAAUGGCUGCUGCUGCUUUGGCCUAUAAAUGCAUGGAGGUAGCAUACAUGAGGGUUGUUUACUGCAAACAUUCUACUAGCAGCCGAGACCGGAAUGAGUUGCAAGCAACUUUACAGACGGUUCCUAAAGGUGAAUCUCCAUCAUCUUCUGCAUCAGAUGUUGAUAAUAACUUAAAUAAUCAACUGGCAAUGGAUAAGGCUCCAUUAGCCAAUGGUAAUAUUUCACAUGUUGCCGGAACUCAUGUCAUUGUUGCUAGAAACCGCCCAAGUUUUGCACGGCUGCUUGACUUUACACAGGAUGUAAGUUUCGCAAUGGAGGCUUCAAGAAAAUCCCAAACUGCUCUUGCAGCUGCUAAUUCCCUGGAAGACACACAAAAUAUAGAGUGUAUUACUUCUGUUAAAAAGGUGAUUGAUUUCAGCUUCCAGGAUGUGGAUGGACUUAUAUGUUUGGUUCAGCAGGCUAUGGAGGCCAUAAGUCGUUCUGGUUUAGGCAGUGCUAGAGAUUAAGUUACCAUUGUAUAUAUUGUGUUUUUUGGUUUAUAACCCCAAUGUGCAUUGGAGAAGAAAGGGGAAAAAGAUGCCUACUUAGACCUUUAUUUGGAAACAACCAAAGAUGCGGGUCACCACCAGCCUGUUGCCUCUCUGUACACGUGUACAAAGUGAGAUUUUUGCAAAUUUUGUAAUGUAUAUUUUUGAUAUUCACCUUCUUGUUGACAUCGAUAAGAGCACAGCAUGCUCACCCUUAAGUUUUCUGGGUUAGCAAAGAGGACAAAAUUCUAGCUUGUUCAGCAAGAGGUUUGGAGUUAUAUGUAAGAUGUCCGUUCCAUAUAGUCCUAUUUCUUUUGCUCCAUUGUUUUGGGGCCUGAGGCUAAGAAUAUAUAUAGAGGUUAGAAAUUAUUAGGCAACCAUUUUGAGGAGGUUGAAUACUCAUAUAGUGUUGACAAAUUAUCAAUUUAUCCAUUAAUGGUUCUCUGUUCUG